UCUUUGUCUCCUGGCAACAUCUUGUCAACAAUCAACCAAAACCAAGCAAGAUGUCGGCUGACGUCCGCCAGAGCCGUGUGGCUAAAGGUGGUUUUUGGAGUUCGAAACCGAACGCCUACAGUCCAGAAACACACCAGUUAUUGAAACAAAUGAUGCAGGAAGCGAAAUUGACAAACUUUCAGAAAAAACACUUAGAAGAAACUGUCCAAAAUGGUGCCUGCUUACCAGUUACCUGCAGUCCUUCUAGCAGUGAACCCCAGCAGUGUAGGAGUGAUUCGCCGCCAAAACUAAAAUCUAGUUACAAUUAUACUGGGAAAAGAACUCGGCAAACAAUGGAAGCCAUGGGUGCUUACAAGAUUGAUUCAUAUCGACCGAAACCUGGAAAAUUCUUCUCUGAAAAGGAAAAGGAAAAACUUGCAAAUUUAAUGACCUAUGGUAAAGAGGAAAAUAUUCCACGUCCAAAGGUACUUUUGAGGAAACCAAAAAUUGAAGAAGAAUUUGAAGACGUUGACCGUUUUGAAGAACUACAACAAGAAAUCGAAGACAGAAGAACAUUCCUUGAGGAAAUGAAAACUUUGGGGCAAGAUAAAAAAUAUCGAACCAUCAUAGAAACUGAAAUAUCUCAGAAAGUUCGAGAAAUGGAAAUCAUUGAUAAACAACGAACAACUGAACUCGAAAAGAUGAGAAGUGAAAAAUCCAAUCAGGAACAACCGAAUAAUCCCCCUAAACAUUGCUCACCUGACAAAGACAAUUCUGCAUAAAGUAAGAGUUAACAUUUCUGAAGACUGAAUACAUUGAAAUAUAUUAUAAAUAAUUCUACAAAAACAAUGAAAAAAUAAACAGCAAAAAUAAAUUAACAAAAUG